UUUGUAAGCUGAAGGUUACUGAGAAUUGUAGGAGCUGACUUCUCUUUGAGAUGUGAUUGGACAACAUUUGAGUUUUACCUGAUAUAAAUAGAUGAGUGAAGGACUUAGCAAACACUCAAAGGCAAAUCCCUCACCUCAAACCGCAAACCCACCAAAGAAUCAAGAAUCAUGAGGUACGAUGUAUUAUUUCAUUUACUGCUCCUCCUGCCAAUGUACUCAGGUUACACUUACCAAAAUGUGGCUUUGCGUGGCAAAGCUACACAGUCUUCUCAGUACAAAGCGGAGCCGUGGAAUGGAUUUGUAGGUGCCUCCAAUGCUAUUGAUGGAAACCUAAAUGCUGACCUUACAAAGGGAUCUUGCACCCACACUGAUACAGAAAACAACCCCUGGUGGAGGGUGGACCUGCUGGACUCAUAUAUAGUCACCCAGGUCAUCAUCACCAACAGAGGAGACUGCUGUGCAGAGCAACUCAAUGGUGUGGAGGUUCGCAUCGGGAACUCUUUGCGACAAGACGGCACUGCAAACCCACUGGUUGCUACCGUUUCUACUGUUGCAGCUGGAAGCUCUUAUGCAAUGAAUUUUACUGAGCGUGUGGAAGGACGUUAUGUGAUCAUUAUAGCACCUGGUGUGAACAGGGUUCUGUCUCUCUGUGAAGUGGAGGUCUAUGGAUACCGCGCCCCGACUGAAGAAAAUGUGGCAGUUUAUGGAAAAGCUUCACAGUCAACAGUUUAUCCUGGAGCCAUUGCCUACUACGCUAUCGAUGGGUAUCGCGAAGGCCGCUUUAGCCAGAGUUCCUGCAGUGCCACAAAUAAUGACUUUAGCCCCUGGUGGAGACUGGACCUGGGAAGAACCCAUAAAGUGUUCAAUAUUAACAUAACCAAUCGCGUUGAAGUUCCCACUCGAAUUAACGGAGCUGAAAUUCGUAUUGGAGAUUCACUUGACAACAAUGGAAAUAACAAUCCCAGGUGUGCUGUGAUCUCAACCAUCGCUCCAGGUUUUACUGAAACCUUUCAGUGCAACGGCAUGGAUGGUCGAUACGUCAACGUUGUCAUACCUGGAAGAAAUGAAUAUCUCACUCUGUGUGAGGUGGAAGUGUACGCAUCGAGACUGGAUUAAAGUUACUAAGUUUUCAUGACAUGACUGUGGUUUAAAGUUAAAGCUGAAUGAUUCAUUUUACCACUAGAGAGUGUAAAAAGUCUUAUGAAUAUCUGAUUGUAUUGAAAACCAAAAUAAAACUCACUAUGGGGAAAGCAGUUCUGAGCUGGGGUAGGCCUCUGAUGAACCAAUCACGUGUUUUUGGGACACUAUGGGAUGCUUGCUGGGUCUGAUUUUGAAAGAUAAGGAAAAAUUUGAGGUUGAAAAACUAAUAAAAAAGAAAGAGCAACAAAUUUAUCAGUUAAUUUAAAAUGAAGAGCUAUAAUGUGUAACUUUCAAAUCUUGUCUUUUGAACAGAAUCUGUCAGACUGAUUAUCUAUCAUAUCUAUCAGACAAUCAAACUAUCUUAUGAUCUAUCAUAUAGGUCUCUUUCAUUCUGUAGUUUAUUCAACUGGUCUGAAAUCUGGUGUGUAUUUCAUUAUUAAAUCACUAUAAUAAGUCUGCAAA